ACAAAAGAGCAUGUGGUUCACCCUUAAAACCCUAACUUUCCCGCCCCUAAACCCUAGUUGCCCUCCUCCUCUCUCUCAUGGCUACCGUACCGUUGAAGAAGAACUACCGCUGCGUGCCCUCGCUUCAGCAGUUCUACACGGGCGGACCCUUCGCCGUCUCUUCGGACGGCUCAUUCAUCGCGUGCGCAUGCGACGAAUCCAUCAGGAUCGUUGAUUCUUCCAACGCCUCGGUAAGGUCCACGAUAGACACGGACUCGGAGGCCCCCACAGCCUUGGCGCUUAGCCCCAAUGACAAGUUGCUCUUCUCCGCCGGCCACAGUCGCCAGAUUAGGGUCUGGGAUUUGUCCACCCUCAAGUGCGUGCGGUCUUGGAAGGGCCAUGAAGGUCCUGUGAUGGGUAUGGCUUGCCACAUGUCCGGAGGAUUACUUGCAACUGCUGGAGCUGAUGGAAAAGUCCUUGUUUGGGACGUCGAUGGUGGCUUUUGCACUCAUUACUUCAAGGGCCAUACAGGGGUUGUUUCUAGUAUUAUGUUUCAUCCUGAUACGAAUAGAACACUUCUUUUCUCUGGAAGUGCGGAUGCAACAGUACGGGUCUGGGAUCUUUUAGCUAAGAAGUGUGUUGCAACAUUUAAAAAACAUGAGUCAGCAGUAACUUCUAUUGCUGUAUCUGAAGAUGGAAGGAUCUUGCUCACUGCUGGAAGAGAUAAGGUUGUGCACUUGUGGGACCUUCAUGGCUAUGGUUUCAUAAGGACCGUUCUAACAUAUGAGGUACUCGAAGCAGUGUGUGUGAUUCGUUCUGGGAGCCUCUUUGCUUCAUUCCUGGCUUCAUUCUAUAAGCAAAGCGAGAAGAGAAAAAGUGUGUCAUCGGCAAUUCAUUUUGUCACAGUUGGUGAACGUGGGAUUGUAAGAAUAUGGAACUCUGAAAGUGCGGCUUGCUUGUUUGAGCAAAAGUCAUCUGAUAUCACUGCCAGCUCAGACAUGGAUAGGGGCUUCACAUCUGCAGUAAUGCUGCCUGUAGAUCAAGGAUUGGUUUGUGUGACUGCUGAUCAACAGUUUCUUUUCUUUGCCCCUGUAGAACACACAGAAGGGAUGUUUAAAUUAGCAUUAAGCAGAAGACUUGUUGGAUACAAUGAAGAUAUUGUGGAUAUGAGGUUUGUAGGUGAAGAGGAAAAAUUCCUUGCUGUUGCCACAAAUAUUGAACAGGUAAUUUGCAAGAAUCCUAAAACUUCUGGUGAUGAAUAUCAUUCAGCCUCCUAGGGGAUGUUUAUAUGU